GCACGGGAGCGUUGCCUCCCCUUCCGGCCGCCGCCGCGAUGCCGAUGAAGGGCCGCUUUCCGGUGCGCAGGACCUUGCAGUACCUCAGCCAGGGCGACGUCGUGUUUAAGAGCUCGGUGAAGGUGAUGACCGUGAACUACAACACGGCGGGAGAACUGAGCGAAGGCGCAAGAAAGUUCGUAUUUUUCAACAUCCCGCAGAUCCAGUACAAGAACCCGUGGGUGCAGAUCAUGCUGUUUAGGAACAUGACUCCCUCGCCGUUCCUCCGCUUCUACCUGGACAGUGGAGAACAAGUUCUGGUUGACGUGGAAGAUAAAACCAACAAAGAGAUAACAGAGCACGUUAAAAAAAUCCUGGGGAAAAGCAAAGAAACGCUUGAAAAAGAAGAAAGCGAAAGGAAAAAACUAUCACAUCCAGCAACCUUCGGGCCCAAGAAGUAUCAUCUGCGAGAAUGCAUGUGUGAGAUUGAAGGCCAAGUUCCCUGCCCUGCUUUUGUACCAUUGCCCAAAGAGAUGAGGGGAAGAUACAAAGCUGCUAUGAAAAAUGAGGCAUGAGCCUGACAUUUCAAGAUCUCAAGUCAUGCAGCUGUUUUUCGUCAGGGCUGGACAAUGAAGGUGCUUCAGUGAGAGACAAGAGCCAGCAGUUCCUGGGAACAGGAGCAAGCAAGUUCAUUCAGUACAGACAACUCUGCCUCAUAAGCCUUCUUACAUCUAAAACUAGAAUUAUUAAGUGAAAAAUGAAUAAAAGUUAAAACUGGCACAAAGUAAA